AUGAAGUCCAUCUACGGCGUACUAUUAUUGCUAUGUAUCAGUUUCGCUUAUUCUCAAAGAACACCAGUUAUAGCACAUAUUACACAAAAACUUGUAAAAGAUAUUGGCGGAACAGCAGAAAUGGCGUGUACAACCCUAUAUAGCAAGGAUUUCAAUGUUUUGUGGGUUAAAGUUAACAAAGAAAGUUUAGCUGAAUCUAUUACAUUCUCAUCUGGAAACAAACUUAUUGUCAAUGAUCCAAGAUUGUCAUUGAGACAGGACAUGAAUAGCAAUCGAUACUUAUUACAAAUUAAUGAUAUUCAGGAAACUGAUGCCAGUGUCUAUCGCUGCGAUGUGGUAAUUGGAAUGAACAACAUAAUAUCCGCUUAUACCGAGUUAAUAGUGCGUAGACAACCAUUUAUUUAUGAUAACUCGACAAGAUCAUUUGUUGUAAAAGAAGGUCAACUAGUGCAACUUGAAUGUUAUGCUGGUGGGUAUCCUAGUCCAAGAAUUUCCUGGAGGCGAGCUAACAAUGCAAUUUUAUUGAUAGGUGCAUCAAUGUAUAGAGGUAACAUUUUGAAAAUGCCUGCUAUAACAAAAGAAGAUCGUGGAACCUAUUACUGUAUCGCUGAAAAUGGUGUUGGAAAAGGUGCCAGACGUAGAAUUUCCAUAGAGGUAGAAUUUGCACCAAUAAUCACUGUUCUUUAUACUAGUUUGGGACAAGUUUUACAUGCUAACUUAGAUCUUGUAUGCCAUAUUGAGGCGUAUCCUCAACCAACUAUUGCUUGGUUAUAUAAUGGAGUAGAAUUAUACAAUAAUCAACAUUACAGUAUAUCACAUUAUACUACUUCAGACGAAAUAUCAGAUACUACUUUACAAAUUAUCACAAUUGAUAACCAUCAAUAUGGUGAUUAUACCUGCAGAGCAUCAAAUAUAUUAGGAACUACCGAAAUGACAAUUACUGUUUAUGAAGCACUAUUACCAGAAUGCCCUCCUGUCUGUGAUUAAACAUCAUCAUUCUCAAUUCUCCAAGCAAGCUGCUGUUUGAUUAUAGUUAUAGG